AUGGCGAACCCGAGUGUAAUGACGGGCCAUCUUGCUGAGUUCAACCCUGCCAACCCCGAGAGGUCAGAGACCUACACGGAGUGGGUCGAAUGCUACCUACGUGCAAACCUGAUUACAGAUGACAGCCGCAUGAGAGACAUACUCCUGAGCGUCUGUGGGGAGGCCACCUUCGAGAUCACCAAAGGUCUCUCUGCCCCCACAAAACUCACCGAGAGAACACGAAUCAGACUGAAGGCCAGGCGAGUUCCAUUCGCUCUAAAACCCAAAAUAGAAGCAGAGCUGGACCGACUCACGGCCCAGGGAGUUCUAGAACCAGUGUCUUAUGCGGCCUGGGAAACACCCAUAGUCACGCCAGUGAAGCCAAACGGGGAUGUGCAAAUGUGCGCUGACUACAAGUGCACUAUAAAUAAGGCGCUCCAGGACAAUCCCUACCCCGUUCCAGUGGUGGACAGUGAGUUCAGGCCGUUCGCAUCCCGUAGAGACAAACUAUCCUCCCACAAGGGGUGCAUACUUUGGGGCAGCAGGGUGGUGGUUCCCCCCCCCCACAUGCGCAAACAAGUACUUGAAGCCCUGCACGAAACCCACCCGGGGAUCGUGAGGAUGAAAGCCCUGGCCCGUAGCUAUGUGUGGUGGCCAGGUAUGGAUGAGGAAAUAGAGGGGUGGGUGAGAAGGUGCCAACCAUGUCAAGAGUCCAGGCCCGAUCCGCCCUCCGCACCAGUCCACCGAUGGGAGUCCAACAGGCGGCCGUGGUCUCGUCUACACUUAGAUUUCGCCGGGCCGUACCAGGGUCAAAUAUUCUUCAUCCUGGUCGAUGCCUACACAAAAUGGCUAGAGGUGAUCCCGGUAGCAUCUACCUCCACGGCAGCAGCCGUCAGAGCCUUGCGGAGGGUUUUUUGCACACACGGGAUCCCCGAUACCCUGGUCACGGACAAUGGCACCUCAUUCACCUCCCGGGAAUUCCGGGAGUUCAUCGGGAGAUACCUCAUAUCACACAUUAGGUCCGCCCCCUUCCAUCCAGCCACCAACGGCCAGGCA